AUGUGCGGCAAGACCUUUGCGCUGUCCUCCGGCCUGGUCCUGCACAAGCGCAUUCACACCGGCGAGCGGCCCCACACCUGUCCCCUCUGCAGCAAGAAAUUCAUCUCCUCCUCCCACCUCGCGCUGCACCUGCGCUCCCACACCGGCGAGAGGAAGUACAAGUGCAAUGUGUGCGGGAAGCUCUUUCUUCAGUCCUCACACCUUGUGAGGCACAAAGCAAUCCACACGGGGGAAAAGCCUUUCAAAUGUGAGGACUGUGGGAAGAACUUCGGGCGUGCCUCACACCUGAAGACUCACCGACGUGUCCACACAGGGGAGAGACCUUUCAAAUGCACCCAGUGUGAGAAGGCCUUCACACAGAAGGCAGGACUGAUACUGCAUGUCCGCCUUCACACUGGGGAGAGGCCCUACAAAUGUGACAAGUGUGGGAAGAACUUCCGUUCCUCUGCUCACCUUAUGUCACAUCAACUUCUUGAGUCUGGGGAGAGGAAUUUCAAAUGUACCACGUGCAGUAAGGCCUUUAAGCAGGCCUCCUCUCUGAAGCAGCACCUAAAAACACAUGAAGCCCGCGAGCCUCACCGUUGUUCUGUUUGUAGCCGAACAUUUUCUAGAUCCUCAUAUCUCCAGCUUCAUAUGAGAACACACAGUGGGGAGCGGCCAUAUCAUUGCAUGGUUUGCAACCGGACUUAUGCCAAAAUGUCUACAUUUGAGAAACAUUGUAAAAAGCACCAGCAGGAUGAAGAGAGGUGCAACAUCAGGCCCAGAGCAAUGACGACAAGGGCGAAAGCACUGGCUGAAAAGAAAAGACAAGAGCAGAAACAGCAGCAACAAGAUGACAGCCCGGAACAACAUCAGCCUGACAGAGAGUAG